GCCAGGAGGAGCGCGCCCGCUCGGGGGCGAGCAGGGCCGGCGGCCGCGCGGGCGGAGGAAGAGGACGAGGAGGAGGACGACUGCGAGGAGGACGGCGACCGGGAGGAGAAGGACGCGCGGAGGCCACACCCAUUGGCGCGCCGAUCCAGCAGCGAGUCGUCGGCGGCCGCGCGCUCCAGCCGAGCCUCCGCCCGCACCGAGUCCGGAGCCGGGCCGCACCGGGGAGGGGCCGCUCCGGCCGCAGCGCGAGGGCACGAGGGGCGGCGGGGAGCCGGCACCGGGCGCGGCCGGCGCAGCGACCAUGAUCGCUUUGUUCAACAAGCUGCUGGACUGGUUCAAGGCCCUCUUCUGGAAGGAGGAGAUGGAGCUCACGCUGGUCGGGCUGCAGUACUCGGGCAAGACCACCUUCGUCAACGUGAUCGCGUCGGGACAGUUCAAUGAGGACAUGAUCCCCACCGUGGGCUUCAACAUGCGCAAGAUCACCAAAGGGAACGUGACCAUCAAGCUCUGGGACAUCGGGGGACAGCCCCGCUUCCGCAGCAUGUGGGAGCGCUACUGCCGAGGAGUGAGCGCCAUCGUGUACAUGGUGGAUGCCGCUGACCAAGAGAAGAUUGAGGCCUCCAAGAAUGAACUCCACAACCUACUGGACAAGCCCCAGCUGCAGGGCAUCCCGGUCCUAGUCCUGGGCAACAAGCGAGACCUCCCGGGAGCCUUGGAUGAGAAGGAGCUGAUCGAGAAAAUGAAUCUGUCUGCCAUCCAGGACCGAGAGAUCUGCUGCUACUCCAUCUCCUGCAAAGAAAAGGACAACAUCGACAUCACCCUACAGUGGCUUAUCCAGCACUCAAAGUCACGGAGAAGCUGAGACUGCGGCCCCGCCCCCUCGGACCAGGGACCGCCCUCCGGAUCUGAAGCCGAGCUCCCGCCCCCUACCCCCGUCGCCCCCCAAGCCCACCCCUCCUUACUUGGUGUGGGGAGGGGCCCUCUGGGGGUCCCAGAGUCCUGUUCUGCUGAGGUUUGAACUCCCGAUUUUAUUGUAAAAUAAAUUGCUCCCCUCCGGUCCUCUAACCUCCCCCCUCCCCUCUCCCUUUGUCUCUCCGCCGCCCUGCUUCCCUCCCCCUCUGAAGCCCCGCCCCACAGCCCCGCCUCCUCUCCUGUCCCGCUCCCUGCUUCCCUUUCCCACACUCUUCUGUUAUUGUCCUGUGUGUACAGUAUAUAUAUGUAUAUAUAUUUUAAUUUUUUAAUUUAAGCAAAGACUAAAAUCAACCAUUUGAUGCUGCAGGGGCCAGUCAGGAUCUGGGAGGGGGCGGUCUGGAGAGAAGGAGAAUAGCGGGGUUAGCUGGGGCCGGUUCAGAUCAGGAAAGGUGAGGCUGGCACAGGGGCAGGUACCAGCCCAGGCACGGGUGUCCGUCCCCACGUCCCGUUUGUCUCCACUUCCCAGUCUGGCCUGUCUCCGCAGUGUUUGAAUGUCACAGGCUGACGGGAGCUUCCGGAGACGCCCUUCUCUGCCCCCAGCCUCAGCAUGGCCACCAGGCACAAGCAGGCGCCGGAGACCAGGGGCCGAAGGGGCAGGAGGCCAGCGCCCUAGCAGCCCCUCCCGCCUGUUCCUGGCUCCCAGCUCCGGGCCCUCACCUCCACGGGCCACCUCAUUUUCUGUUCUCGUUUUGCAGAGUUGCACAAGGAGAGAACUCGGCAUGGGGGGUUGGUUCUUUGGGUUUUGUUUUCUGUUUGUUUAAUGAUUUGUAAAGUGAUGUCCCUCUUCCUUUUUUACACUUUUCAGCUCAUAUUUAACCUCUGUUUGGAAAAUGAUUCUUGUAACUGUACAUUUUUUUGCCUCCUAACAACAACAAGAAUAAAUGACAAUUUUGUGUUGGG